GUGAAAGUGAGUGAGGAACGACACCCCCUUGGGACGGUAGAGGGUCAGCCGAAAUGGCGUGUACAACGGCAGAAGCCACAGAGUCACCUUUGGAAAUCGAACUGACGAACAAAUCAACUCGUAGAGAUGGAACUGGAAAGUCAGAGGGAAGAAAACGUCGGCAUAAGAACACCAUCCGCUUGUGGGAAUUUUUACUCGAUCUCCUGGCAAACGAUGAUUUAAGAACCAUAAUAUAUUGGAGUCGAAGAGAAUUUCAAGAAUUUAAACUGUUAAGACCUGAGGAGGUUGCAAGAAGGUGGGGUCUGGUUAAACGAAGGCAGGGAAUGAAUUAUAAGAAACUCGGUCGAGCUUUACGGUUCUAUUAUGGCCAGGGAAUAGUUCAAAAGGUUCCUGGCCAACCCUUCACGUACAAGUUUGACAAUCUACCUUACAAAUAUGAACCAAGAGUGUCACAGUCAAGUGACCAAAAAGGAAAAACGAGUACAUGCGACAGAGUACGAGAGAAAAUGUCAUCUGAUAAGUGUGCAUCACAUAAAGGUGAACAGUCAGUAUUCUCGUCUUCAUCUGGGCAGUCAACACUUUCCCCUACCCACACCUCCCAAGGGACAUGUGUAUCCCCUUGUCUUGUGCCCAUAUCUGCCGAUACCACUCAAGCGAAUCGAGAGACAGAAGAACCUGGUAACCAAACAAAACGCAAUAUUUCAAACCUUUGUAGAAAUGAAUUGAAAACUACGAUCCCCCCCGUACUUAUCCCGAAGCGAAAUAAACUGAAUAUAGCUAAGUCUAUCCCGGUGCCAGUAAUAAAACGAGUUGCCUCAAACGAUUGUCAAGGGACAAAUUUUUAAUCAUCAAAAUAGCUAUCUUUUGAUGUAUGCAAUUCAAAAUAAAGCUGAACAAAAUAAAACUUAAAACCUAU